CCUAAUUAAUCAUGGCUGCUCUCUGCACAUGUUUUCAUCUGACGUAAUCACAGUGCGACGCGAGAGUCGCAGCCGAUUGUUAGUGCCUGCUCUGCAGCCGUCGGGUAGUGGAAUUUCACGAAGGGAGCAUAGACACAACCGAUCGAGCAGCUAUGAACAGCCGCCUGCAGGAGAUCCGGGCCCGGCAGAAGCUGCGCAGGAAGUUACUGGCUCAGCAACUCGGAGCGGAAAGUGCUGACAAUAUCGGAGCUAUACUAAACAGCAAGGAUGAGCAAAGGGAAAUAGCAGAGACUAGAGAAAUGUGUCGUUCUUCAUACGAUACAUCGUCACCUAAUUUGAAGCGGAAACCACCAGAAGAAGGAGAGGCAGAUGAAGAAGUGGUUGAGGAGUGCAAGGAUACAGUUGAACCCCAGAAAGAAGAGGAAAAUCUACCAUAUAAAGAGGAAAUUUACAAGGACUCCAGCACUUUCUUAAAGGGGACCCAAAGCUUGAACCCCCACAAUGACUAUUGCCAGCAUUUUGUUGACACAGGGCACAGGCCUCAGAACUUUAUCAGAGAUGUUGGAUUAGCAGACCGAUUUGAGGAAUAUCCAAAACUGCGGGAGCUGAUCAGACUUAAAGAUGACUUCAUAUGUAAAUCCAAUACCCCUCCUAUGUACUUACAAGCAGACCUGGAGACGUUUGAUCUAAGAGAGCUGAAGAGUGAGUUUGAUGUAAUUCUCCUUGAACCGCCACUAGAGGAGUAUUACAGGGAAACUGGCAUUGCCGCUAAUGAAAAGUGGUGGGCUUGGGAAGAUAUAAUGAAGUUAGAUAUAGAAGGCAUUGCCGGCCAAAGAGCCUUUGUUUUCCUGUGGUGUGGCUCUGGAGAAGGUCUGGAUUUCGGCAGAAUGUGUUUGCGAAAGUGGGGUUUCAGGCGAUCAGAAGACAUUUGCUGGAUAAAAACAAAUAAGGACAAUCCUGGGAAGACGAAGACCCUGGACCCUAAAGCAAUCUUCCAGAGGACAAAGGAGCACUGCCUUAUGGGUAUUAGAGGAACAGUACACCGCAGCACUGAUGGCGAUUUCAUCCAUGCCAAUGUAGACAUUGACCUCAUUAUCACAGAGGAGCCAGAAAUAGGAAACAUUGAAAAGCCUGUAGAGAUCUUUCACAUUAUUGAACAUUUCUGUCUCGGACGGAGACGUCUCCACCUCUUUGGAAGAGAUAGCACCAUUAGACCUGGCUGGCUUACCGUGGGACCUACUCUUACAAAUAGUAACUUCAACACCGAGGUGUAUACUUCAUAUUUCAGCGCUCCUAACUCAACUCUAACUGGGUGUACUGAUGAAAUUGAAAGACUUCGACCAAAAACACCCCCACCUAAAUCAGAUCGAGGGUUUGGUGCAUCUAGAGGUGGUGGCAGGGGUGGGCUUUCCGCUGGUAGAGGAGAAAGAGGUAGAGAAAGGAACAGAGGAAGUUUCAGAGGGGAUAGAGGAAGCUUCCGAGGACGUGGAGGACCACAUAGAGGAGGAUUUGCCCCUCGCUAAUUCAUUCCUUUUCAAGGCUUUUAACUUUUUAUGUUCACCAAAACAUAAUUGUGUUAGGAUUUUUUUUUAAAAUUGAGAUGUAACUUUUCAAAAUCUGUGGAUAUACUGUAAAGCUGUGUCAUCCUGGUCAAUAAAUGUGUUUUUUACUUAAA